AUGGUAGUUAAUUAUCAAGCAAUUGAUGUCGAUGUUGUAUCGCAGAAUACAUUAGUUUCAAGCGAAACAGCUUCGUUAUUAUCAACGACUGAUUCAUUGAAAAAAGAAACAAAAUUUAAAAACUUAAUAUCUCUUUUACCAUCCAUUAUAUUGGGCACAAUUAUUUGGUUUGGUGUCACACCUGAUGAAGAACUUACAGUUACUGCUAUUCAUUUGCUAGCUGUAUUUAUAAGUUGCAUAUGCGCUUUAAUAACUACAAAUGUAGAAAUAUCGAUGUUAGUUUUAACAGGUUUGACUUUACUAGCAGUAACACAAUCAUUUGAAUGUGUUGACCAUUUGACCGGGACUUUAACUGAAUGUCGAUUAUGCGGUGAAAUAAAUCCUCUUACGGGUGAAGUUUUUCAAUGUGAAGCAGGGAGAGAUUCUUUUGAAUUGUCACUUGAAGGUUUCUCUAGUCCUAUUGUUUGGCUUAUCUUUACCGCCUUUCAUCUUGGAAAAGCGAUAGAAGUAACAAAACUGGGUCAAAGAUUAUCGUUAAUAAUGAUCAAAUCCUUUGGUAAACAUGAUUUGGGUCUUGCAUAUGCAAUUGUUUUUUCGGAAUUAAUCCUUGCACCAUUUGUACCAAGCAAUACUGCUCGUGGAGGAGGUAUCGUUCUACCUGUUGUGCAGUCAAUUGCAACUACUUUAGAGUCUACACCAGAUCAUAAUCCUGAAGUUGGCAGUUUUUUAAUUCUUGUUGGAAAUCAUGCUAAUUUACUAUCUGCUUCCAUGUAUCUCACAGGUAUGGCAUCAAAUCCAAUUGUUAUAGCUAAAGCAAAUCAAUUAUUUCCAAACAUCCAUUUUGGAUUUAUGGUUUGGUUGCAAGGAAGUAUUAUUCCAGGUUUAAUUUGUGCUGCUUUUGUUCCCAUUUUAAUUCGCUGGAGUUUGGGGUUCAAUAAAGGUACGCCAAAUGUGGGGAAAGAUGCAAGUAGGAGGAAGAGAAGGGAUAAUAACGUUGUUCUGCAUGCUAAAAUGGAGUUAAAUAAAAUGGGACCUAUGUCAGUAAAAGAAUGGCAACUUUGCUUUACAUUAUUAGGAUGCCUUUGUUGUUGGAUUACUUCAAAUAUAACACAUUUAGAACCUACUUUGGUUGCUUUAAUUGGUAUUGUAGCUCUUUUAUAUAUGGGAACCAUUUCAUGGGACGAUGUAUCUAGCAAUAUAAAAGCAUGGGAUACAUUAUUCUGGUUGGGAGGCUUUGUGACCAUAGCUCAACAUCUUUCUGAAGCAGGAGCUUCAUCUUUUUUAGGCCAUAAGAUUUCAUACGUUAUUCAACAGUUUAACUUGCCAUCUUUACCUAUCCUGACAAUUGCCUAUUUUUUAACUACCUUUUUAUUUUCCUCACUUAGUGCACAUACAGUGGCCUUUGUUUCUACAUUUUUUGAUGCUGGUUAUACUUUAGGUGCAAACCCGGUCUUAUUGACCGCCUUUAUUGCCUACUUUAGUAGUCUAGGUGGCUGUAUGACUAAUUACUCUACGGGUAUGUCUGCCAUGUAUUAUGCACUGGGUUAUGUUUCUCGUGGAAGAUGGUUUAUGGUAGGAUUUCAGAUGGCUAUUUUCUAUUUAUUUAUUUAUUUUACAAUUGGUUAUUCUUGGUGGACAUUUUUGGGAUGGAAAUGA